AUGGGAGCCCUGACCCCCACAUUCUGCCUGCUCCUCAUUUGUUUCUGUCUGUCCGGAGGCAAGUCAGAUGUGGAGUCCCUGCAAGUGCAGAGCCAAGCUCUCAUGGGGAGUGCCAGUGCUGCACUGCACCAGGAACCAGCCCCUGGACCCAGCCACAGCUACCAGGAGGUGACCCCUACCGUAAGAGAUGUCACAGCAGUGAUGGAAGGCCAGGAAGCUCAAGCUCUGGAUGCUGUGGCCAUUUCUUCCUGGGAAAGGCGGCUCCACCGGGCCAAGUGUGCACCAUCUUAUCUGUUCUCCUGCUUCAAUGGGGGCGAGUGUGUGCAUCCAGCUUUCUGUGACUGCAGACGCUUUAAUGCCACUGGACCUCGAUGCCAGUUGGUGUACAACACUGGCCCUGAGCGAGACAGCAUCUGCCGGGCCUGGGGGCUGCACCACGUGGAGACUUUUGAUGGCCUCUACUACUACCUCUCUGGGAAGGGCAGCUACACACUAGUGGGACACCAUGAACCCGAAGGGCGGAGCUUCUCCAUACAGGUGCACAAUGACCCGCAGUGUGACUCCGCCCACUACACCUGCUCCAGGUCUGUCAGCCUCUUCCUUUCUGGUGAACAGGAGAUCCAUCUGGCCAAGGAGGUCACCCACGGGGGUGUGAGGGUUCAGCUGCCACAGGUGAUGGGGGGAGUUCAGCUGCAGCAGCUGGCAGGCUACGUCAUCGCUCGAUAUCAGUCAGCCUUCACGGUGACCUGGGAUGGUGCCUCAGCUGUCUACAUCAAGAUGAGCCCAGAGUUCCUGGGCUGGACUCAUGGUCUAUGUGGGAACAACAAUGCUGACCCCCAGGACGACCUGGUGACCAGCUACGGGAAGCCGACUGAUGAUGUGGCAGAGUUUGUGCACAGCUGGCAAGAGCAGGUCCCCAACCACCCUCCAGGGCCUGUGGCUUCCUCCCUUCCUCGACCACCGUGCCUGCAGCAGAGCCCGGCAUCCAUGCAGGGUGUUUACCAGCGGUGUGAGACACUGUUGAGGCCCCCCUUUGAUGCCUGCCAUGCCUACGUCAGCCCUCUGCCCUUCACAGCCAGUUGUACCAGUGACCUUUGCCAAUCAGGAGGUGAUGAAGCCACCUGGUGCCGAGCACUGACAGAAUAUGCCCGGGCAUGUGCACAGGCAGGGCGCCCCCUGCAGGGUUGGAGGACCCAGCUCCCACAGUGCACUACACACUGCAAAGAGAAGGCCUUUACCUUCAAUGAGUGCAUUACCUGCUGCCCCCCCUCCUGCCAGUCCCGGGCUUCCUGUGUGGACAGCGAGAUCGCCUGUGUGGACGGCUGCUACUGUCCCGACGGGCUGAUCUUUGAGGACGGGAGCUGUGUGUCACCAGCUGAGUGUCCCUGUGAGUUUCAUGGGACCCUGCAUCUGCCCGGCUCAGUGGUGACAGAGGACUGCAAGGCCUGCACCUGCACUGCGGGCAAGUGGGUGUGCAGCUCUUCUGUCUGUCCAGCUGAGUGCUCAGUGACUGGUGACAUCCACUUCACGACCUUUGAUGGCCGCCGGUACACAUUCCCUGCCACAUGUCAAUAUAUCCUGGCCAAGAGCCGCUCCUCGGGCACCUUCACUGUGACACUGCAGAAUGCCCCGUGUGGCCUGAACCAGGAUGGAGCCUGUGUCCAGUCAGUGUCAGUGAUUCUGCACCAGGACCCUCGGAAGCAGGUGACCCUGACCCAGGCAGGGGAUGUCCUUCUGUUUGACCAGUACAAGAUCACCCCACCCUACACAGACGAUGCUUUUGAGAUUCGGAGGCUGUCCUCUGUGUUUCUGAGGGUGAGGACCAACGUGGGUGUGCAGGUCCUUUAUGACCGGGAAGGCCUGAGGCUGUACCUGCAGGUGGACCAGCAAUGGGUGGAGGACACCGUGGGCCUCUGCGGCACCUUCAACGGCAAUACUCAGGACGACUUCCUGUCUCCAGUGGGUGUGCCCGAGAGCACUCCACAAUUGUUUGGCAAUUCUUGGAAAACCCUGUCUGCCUGCUCUCCUCUGGUCGAUGGUUCCCUGCUGGACCCCUGUGAUGUUCACCUGCAAGCUGCCUCCUACGCACUGCAGUCCUGCAGUGUGCUCACGGGGGACGUCUUUGCACCCUGCUCUUCGUAUCUGAGCCCGGUGCCUUACUUCGAGCAGUGCCGUCGGGAUGCCUGCCGCUGUGGGCAGCCCUGCCUGUGUGCCACACUGGCCCACUAUGCCCACCUAUGCCAGCGCCAUGGGCUCCCAGUUGACUUCCGUGCCCAUCUGCCAGCCUGCGCUCUGUCCUGUGAAGACACUAAGGAGUACAGUCCCUGCGUGGCCCCCUGUGCAAAAACAUGCCAGGACCUGGCCAGCCCUGAAGUGUGUGGGAUUGAGGGUGGUAACUUCACCAGGGAGUGUAUGGAGGGUUGCGCCUGCCCACCGGACACGUAUCUGGACACCCAAGCUGACCUCUGUGUCCCCAGGAACCAGUGCGCCUGCCACUUCCAAGGAGUGGACUAUCCCCCAGGGGAUAGCGACAUCCCCUCCCUGGGCCACUGCCACUGCAAAGAUGGAAUCAUGAGCUGUGACAGCCGAGUCCCAGCUGCUGCCUGCCCACCAGGUCAGGUGUUUGUGAACUGCAGUGAGCUACACCCAGACCUGGCACUCAGCAGGGAGAGGACAUGUGAACAGCAGCUGCUGAACCUGAGCCUGCCAGCACGCGGCCCCUGCCUAUCGGGCUGUGCCUGUCCCCAGGGCUUGCUCAGACACGGGGAUGCAUGCUUCCCACCAGAGGAGUGCCCAUGUACCUGGAAAGGGAAGGAGUAUUUCCCAGGAGACCAGGUGGUAUCGCCCUGCCACACCUGCCUGUGCCAGCAGGGCACGUUCCAGUGCACCCUACAUCCCUGUGCCUCCACCUGCACUGCCUAUGGCGACCGGCAUUACCGCACCUUCGAUGGGCUCCCAUUUGACUUUGUGGGGGCCUGCAAAGUACAUCUGAUCAAGAGUACCUCAGAGGUCAGCUUCUCAGUGAUUGUGGAAAAUGUGAACUGCUACAGCUCUGGCAUCAUCUGCAGGAAGUCCAUCUCCAUCAAUGUUGGCAACUCACUCCUCGUCUUUGACGACGACUCAGGGGAUCCGAGUCUGGAGAGCUUCCUGGAUGAGAAGCAGGAGGUCCACACCUGGAGAGCGGGCUUCUUCACGCUGGUUCAUUUCCCAAGGGAGCACGUCACCCUUCUGUGGGACCAGAGAACCACUGUGCACAUCCAAGCAGGCCCUCAGUGGCAGGGUCAGCUGGCAGGCCUCUGUGGGAACUUCGACCUAAAAACUGUCAAUGAGAUGUGGACCCCAGAGAACCUGGAGCUAACUAACCCCCAGGAGUUUGGCAGCAGUUGGGCUGUGGUUGAGUGCCCAGAUACUCUCGACCCCCGGGACACAUGUGUCUUGAAUCCUCUCCGAGAACCAUUUGCCAGGAAGGAGUGUGGUAUCUUGCUCAGCGAAGUGUUUGAGACCUGCCACCCUGUGGUCGAUGUCACAUGGUUUUAUUCAAACUGCCUGACGGACACAUGUGGGUGUAGCCGGGGUGGUGACUGUGAGUGCUUCUGUGCCAGCGUGUCAGCCUACGCCCAUCAGUGCUGCCAACAUGGGGUGGUCAUUGACUGGCGGACCCCCCGCCUCUGCCCAUACGACUGUGAGUUCUUCAACAAAGCGCUAGGUAAGGGUCCUUACCAGCUGUCCAGUGUGGUGGCUGGUGGCGCCCUAGUGGCGGUGAAGGCAGUGGGUGGUGACAUAGCCCUCAUAAGGGAGGAAGAUCUGGCACCAGGGGACAUUUCAAGCUUCCUGCUGACAGCUGCUCUGUAUAAGGCCAAGGCUCAUGAUCCUGAUGUGGUGUCCCUGGAGGCAGCUGACAGACCCAACUUCUUCCUCCAUAUCACAGCCAAUGGGUCUAUAGGGUUGGCAAAAUGGCAGGGCAGCGAAGUCUUCCACCAGCACGCCACCUUCUCACUACACCGAGGGACAUGGCGGGCUGGCCUGGUGGCUCUGGAGUCCCUUGCAAAGCCCAGCUCCUUCUUCUACAUAUCUGGCCUUGGGCUGGCUAUGCGGAUGUAUGAACACACAGAAGCGUUCCGUGAGGGUGCUCUCUUCCGCCUCCUGGACACCAAGCCCUCAGGGGCUACCUAUCCCAUCUGUGAAUGGCAUUACGAAGCCUGUGCCAGCCCCUGCUUCCAAACUUGCCGGGACCCACAGGCAGCCAGCUGCCAGGAUGUGCCCAGGGUGGAAGGCUGUGUCCCCAUGUGCCCCACUCCCAAGGUCCUGGAUGAAGUCACACAGAGAUGUGUCUACUUGCAAGACUGUGUGGAGCCAGCCACUUGGGGUCCCACAGAGGCCACUGGCAACGAGACUCUGACACCUGGUCAAGUGCUGCCCACCCCCAGUGACAAACAGCAGCUUCCACAGGAGAUCCCCAGAGUCCCCACCCACAGGCCAGCCCUUGUCCCGGCAGCCCCACUCGCCUCAGUCCCAAGCCUUCUGAUGACAACCACCGAGGAGCCAACACUGUCUCCAGGCCCCACCCAGGCCACCCUGCAGCAGCAGCUGGAGCUCACAACAUCUAACCUCCAGAUAAAACACACAGAGACCACAGCGGGCCAGGAAGUGACUGCCAGCCUCCAGGCAGCCUCCCACAUCCCAGAGCCCUCAUUGUCCCACCCCCUUUCUCUGCAGACACCCACACCUGGCAUUGUAGUAGGCGCCGCAGAGACAACCAAGGUGACUGUGACCUUUUCAGGGAACCCCAACACCACAGUCUCCUCCCGGUCCCCCCCUGUACCUCGUUUCCCUCUUAUGACCAAAGCUGUGACGGUCUCAGGUCAUGGCUCCUUGCCUGUUAGGACGACAUCCUUGAAGCCCUCCUUACUAGCAAGCCCCUCUUCCAGACCUGUGGCUUCCCCUGGAGUGACCACCAGGCCCCCCACCUCUCUGAGAUCCCACCAGGCUUUGCCGACACCGGCAGUAACCAAGCUCAUAAACAAGACAGGGAUGUCCCCACCCACUACAACUCAGAGCAGUUCUAGUCCCAGCCACCUUCCGGUAGUGGUAAGCACAGCACAACAGGUUCCCAUCAGUCUCCCUUCCACCAAGGGCAUAGAGGUGGUGCCAUCUACAGAGAAGGGUAAGCCUGAGCACAGCCAACCCAUAGAACAGCCAGUGUCCCCACAUCCAAGCUCAGUCCCCACCUCCCUGCCUCACCUAGCCCAACAUACCACCACAGCCUCCAGGCCUCCGACUCUGCCCCCAGGGACCCUGGCUACAGAUCACCCAUCCACAGACACACACAGACUGGGAGGUACAGCCUUAGUUUCUCUGGAGUCAACUCGGCCACCCCAGCUCCACUCUGGCCUGCCCCCUGACACCAGCCUGCCCUUAGCCAAGGUGGGCACAUCUGCCCCAGUAGCCACACCUGGCCCCAAAGGCUAUAGCACCACCCCUCUACCUCAGCAACAGCCUGUGUCUUUGGCCAUGGCCACGACUCCACUUGCUCAGACACUCAGCCUGACAGUGCCUCUCACGCCUGCUGUGAUAGCCCAGGUACACCCACCUGGCCCCACAGUCCCCCAGGUAACAGGUAUGGCACCAGACCUGCUUCAGGGAGCCACACUGCCAGGCUCUGGAGCUGUGGCAGCCUCUACAAUGUCUGUUGCCCCACGGAAGAGCACCACACAGAAAGCAGCCAUCCUAUCUAAGCAGGUGUCUCCACCCACCUUCCUCUAUGGCUCUGCCCAGGGGGGUUUCACAGAACUUAUGCCCAUGGUGAGCCAUACUGCUGCCCCCUUGGUGACUGAGGCUGAGGAACCUCGGGCCCGCACAGUGCCACCGGUGCCCACAUCGUACUCCCUAAGCCAGGUGUCAGCCAGAACCGCCUCCCGGGAGGAGGGCCCUCUGGUUCUGCUGCCUCAACUAGCAGAGGCUCACGGGACCCCAGCAGGGCCCCAGCCCCCAGAGGAGCUAGUGCACCACGCCACCACUGAGCAGUCAGGGAGCUCAGCUCCAGCCCAGAGCAUCGCAGAGGGGUCAACUGAGGCUGUGGCCAAUGCAUCUUCUGCCUGUGUGCCCAUUGCUGAGAAGAACUGCAUCCGCCACAUCUGCCUAGAAGGCCAACUGAUUCGUGUGAACCGGUCCCAGCACUGUCCUCAGGGCGCUGCCUCCCCUCCCUGUGGGGUCUUGGGCCUCGCUGUGAGGGUGGGCGGGGAUCGCUGCUGCCCCCUCUGGCAGUGCGCCUGCCGAUGUUCAAUCUUCCCAGACCUGAGCUUUGUGACCUUCGAUGGCAGCCAUGUAGCCCUGUUUAAGGAAGCCAUCUACAUCCUCAGUCAGAGCCAAGAUGAAACCAUCACUGUCCAUGUCCUGGACUGCAAAAGUGCCAACCUGGGACACCUGAACUGGCCUCCUUUUUGUCUGGUGAUACUGAACGUGACUCAUCUGGCCCAUCAUGUCACCAUUGACCGCUUCAACAGGAAGGUAACUGUGGAUUCGCAGAUCGCGUGGCCACCCAUAAGCAGGUAUGGGUUCCAAAUUGAGGAUACAGGCCACAUGUAUAUAGUCUGGACGCCCUCACACAUCCAGAUCCAGUGGCUCCACAGCUCAGGACUCAUGAUUCUGGAGACCAGCAAAGCCAGCAAGGCCCAGGGCCGUGGCCUGUGUGGUAUCUGUGAUGGAGAUGCAGCCAAUGACUUCACCCUGAAGGAUGGCUCUGUGGUGGGUGAGGCAGAGGACCCUGCGUCCUUUCUGGAUAGCUGGCAAGUGCCCAGCUCCUUGACAUCAGAGGGCCAGACCCGCUUCCGCCCAGAUAGCUGUGCCACAGCUGACUGCUCACCCUGCCUCCGCAUGGUGUCCAAUCGCACCUUCAGUGACUGUCACCGAUUUGUCCCCCCAGAGUUAUUUUGUGAGCUGUGGAUCCGGGACACCAAGUACGUGCAGCAGCCCUGUGUGGCACUGACCGUGUAUGUGGCUAUGUGCCAUAAAUUCCACGUGUGCAUUGAAUGGCGGGGCUCCGACUACUGCCCUUUUCUGUGCUCCAGUGACUCCACUUACCAGGCAUGUGUGAAGGCUUGUGAACCCCCUACAACGUGCCAGGAUGGGCUACUGGGUCCACUGGAUCCAGAGCAGUGCCAGGUACUGGGGGAGGGCUGUGUGUGUUCUGAAGGCACCAUUCUGCACCGACGCCGUUCUGCACUCUGCAUCCCGGAGGAGAAGUGCGCCUGCACUGACAGCACAGGGGUGCCACGGGCACUGGGAGAAACCUGGAACAGCUCCCUCAGCGGCUGCUGCCAGCAGCAGUGUCAAGCCCCAGACACCAUCAUCUCUGUGGACCUGGACUGCCCUGGUCCCCGGCCUGAGAGCUGCCCGCGCUUUGGAGAGGUGAUCCUGCUCCAGCCUACAGAAGAUCCCUGCUGCCCAGGGAGUGUCUGUGUGUGUAACCAGACUCUGUGUGAGGGUCUUGCUCCCACCUGCCGCCCAGGCCACAGUCUCGUCACCCACUUCCAGGAGGACUCCUGCUGCCCCAGCUACAGCUGCGAGUGUGACCCUGCUCUGUGUGAGGCAGAGCUGGUCCCCAGCUGCCGCCAGGACCAGGUUUUGAUCGCUGGACGCCUGGGGGACUCCUGUUGUAUGUCCUACUUCUGUGGCUGUGGUGAGUGUCCAGAUCCCAUCCCCGAGUGUCAGGAAGGGGAGGCGCUCACUGUGCACAAGAACACCACAGAGCUCUGCUGCCCUCUGUACCAGUGUGUGUGUGAGAGCUUCCGCUGCCCUCAGGUGCAGUGUGGCAUGGGCACUUCCCUGGUAGAGGUAUGGAGCCCAGACCGCUGCUGCCCCUACAAGUCCUGUGAGUGUGACUGUGACUCAAUCCCAGUGCCCAGAUGUCAUCUGUGGGAGAAGUCCCAGCUGGACGAGGACUUCAUGCACAGCGUGGAGAACAUGUGUGGCUGCGCCAAGUACAAGUGUGUGAAGGCCCCUGUGUGCCUGAGCCGAGAGCUGGGCGUGAUGCAGCCAGGGCAGACAGUGGUGGAGCUGUCCGUGGAUGGCGUGUGCCACACCUCUCGUUGCACGGACGUGUUGGACCCCCUCACCAGCUUCUACCAGAUCAACAUCACCUCUGUGCUUUGUGACGUGCACUGUGAGGCGAACCAGGAGUACGAGCACCCUCGGGAUCUGGCGGCCUGCUGUGGCUCCUGCAGGAAUGUGUCCUGCCUAUUCACCUUUCCCAAUGGCACCACCUCCCUGUUCAUGCCUGGAGCAUCCUGGAUCGCAGACUGUGCCCGCCACCACUGCGGCAGCACUCCCCUGGGUGCAGUACUUGUCCGCUCACCCAUCAGCUGUCCCCCGCUCAACGAGACAGAGUGUGUCAAGGUCGGGGGCUCUGUAGUACCAUCCCUGGAAGGAUGCUGCAGGACAUGUAAGGAGGAUGGGCGCUCCUGCAAGAAGGUGACCAUCCGCAUGACCAUCCGCAAGAACGACUGUAGGAGCAACACUCCUGUGAACCUGGUAUCCUGUGAUGGAAGGUGCCCAUCCGCCAGCAUCUACAACCACAACAUCAACACCUAUGCCCGCUUCUGCAAGUGCUGCCGUGAGGUGGGGCUGCAGCGUCGCUCUGUGCAGCUCUUCUGUGCCACCAAUGCCACCUGGGUGCCCUACACAGUGCAGGAGCCCACGGACUGUGCCUGCCAGUGGUCCUGAGGCUUGGGCACCAGGGCUGGCUGGGCCGCCCUGACCUCCUCAUGUUCUGCUUCCAGCUGGCCUAGGUGACUAAGGGGAGAGGAAUUAAAGGCAUGAAGGAU